AUGGACGAUUUAACACUACAAGAAGAUCUUGUCCAAGAGAGACAAGAGCUCAUGGCGUCUCCUCCUGAAAACAGCAAAAAAUCUCAUCUUUUGAAGCCUUGCUCAACAACCUCCAUUGAUGGAUCUGGAGCUGUUCUUCCUCAUCAGAAUCGUCCUGACUUGAAGGCUCUGUCUUCGAGUGUUACCUUUAAUGGGUGGAGAUUAGCGAGCUCAAAGUUCAAGUCUUGGACUACAAAAAUGGCUGCUUUACACAAACCCAUUUGGAGAAAAGCUGGGAUUUACGAAGCUGUUAUGUCGUCAACAUACAGAAUCAAGCCAGACAAAGAUCUUGUUCUAGGUAUUGCUGAGAAAUGGUGUCCUGAUACAAGGACUUUUGUUUUCCCUUGGGGUGAAACAAGUAUAACGCUUGAAGAUGUUAUGGUGCUUCUAGGUUUCUCCGUUUCCGGUUUACCUGUUUUCGCUUCUCUUGAUGCUUCAGGAGAGAGGAUCAAGGAGAAAAUUGAGAGAGAAUGGGUUAAGAUUAAGAUCAAGAUAAGUUUUGUUACUCAACUAGUAUGGAUGGAGAGAUUCAUGGACAGUAAUGAUGAUAUGCUUGAGCAUGUUGCUUUCCUUGUGUGUUGGCUAAGCUACUUUGUGUUUCCGUUGCGUUAUUAUCAUAUCUUUGAAGCUGUGUUUUCGAUUGCUGUUCAUCUUUCAAGCGGUACAAAGAUUGCUUUAGCUCCAGCUGCUCUUGCUCACUUGUAUGCAGAACUAACUCUCUUGAAGAACCAUAUUCAAGCUUUCGACGAAUCAAAGACUACUGUCAAUGAUGAUUCCAGUGCUUUGUUUAAGUUGGUUCAAGUUUGGACAUGGGAGAGAUUCAAGGAACUACAACCAAAACCUAAUCAGUUGCAAGAAGGUGAGCCAAGAUUGGCUCUUUGGCAUAAGACAGAGAGAAAGAUCGAUGAUGUGAGGCGGAUUCUAGACAACUCGAACAUCGACAGUUUUGAGUGGCGUCCAUUCACAAAACCUGUGAAGAAUUGGGAGUUCCCUCGGUUUUACCCCGAAAAGGCGAUGUAUGUUCCUAUUGGUCCUAAUCUCGAUGAUGAAUUUACCUCCUUUGCUCGGUUCAUCAAGGUCUCUGAGCUUGUUGGUAUUGAUAAUAUGGAGCAUUACUUUCCUGAUCGAGUGGCUUCACAGUUCGGGAUACUUCAGAAUGUUCCUGGUCCUGUUAACCGUAACAACCUCUCAAAGGAGGAAGCUUGGGAUCAUUACAACAAGCCUAUUGAUGCUUUGGCAUUACACAUUCCUUCUCGUGACGCAAUACCUUCUGUUACUCCAAUGUUCUGCGAGUGGUGGAGGAAGGCGUUUCAAGAAUUUCAGAGUUCUUCGGAGAAGAGGCAAGUUGUUGAAUCAUCUGAGAUGAACAGAACAAGCGAGGUUUCGAGAAGAAAGAGACGCAAUUAUAUGAUCCUAUCUUGUAAAAAGAAAGGGAAGACACAUGCUCCAUCAGACAAUGAUGUACGCCUCACCGUUGCUGAUAUAAGGAGGCAGAAUAAUAACAUGUACAGAGCUGUAAAGAAUAGUGGAGGAGAUGUUUCUGAACAGCUUGGUAAAAAAACUAGACUUGGGGCGGAUAACAAUGAUUCAGGACCUAGUCAAAAGCGCGCUUUAAUAAGCGCUGAUGGAGAUGAAGCUGUACCACCACCAGAAACUGAUGAAACUGGAAGCAAUGGAAAGAAGAAUAUAGGUCUGACUCUAAUUGAUGAAACCAACUCUUCAGAUUCUUUUCUUGGUGCUAAUGGAGUUGAAGUUGUUGUGUCACCACCAGAGACAGUGCAAAACUGUGGUGAUGAGCUUGAUGUAUAUGGAAGCAAUGCUGAUAUGAUCGAUGGUAGCAGCGAGGAACCAAAUCUUGUGCUCCAAGAAAAUGGUUCCAUUGCGGGAGAAAAGGUGAGGUCAGAUGAGAAGUUGUGCAGUGAAGCUGAGAAAGAAGAUGAUGUUGUUGAUAAUGAAAGAUUGGUCCAAGAAAAUGUUGCAAUAAAGGAGGAGGAUCUAGCAGACAACAAUGGACCAACCUCACGAGACUAUGAUGACUCCUACAAGAAGAGGAAGCAGGAGCUGGAGGUACUGGCGUCAUCGAUGGAAACGCGUAUUGAGAAGACAGAAAGAGAUCUGGCAUGGUUGAAAGAGAGGAGAGCCAUAAUACAGAGGAGAAUUGCAGCGGCUCGUUUAAUCUAA